GCGGAAUAGGUGUGGUGGGAGGAAGGGAGGCAAUUGAAUCGGGCCUACUAAGUAGACAGUACGCCCAGUAGCAUCAUCUUCAUGCAGCAGUGGUGCAUCGGUGGCGGCGGUAGUCGCGUGCAUGCUAGCCGCGUCGGUGUCUAGAACAUGCCUCCGAGGAGAUAGAGUGGGGGAAAUAGAAGAGAUGGAGGAAAUGGCGACAAAUAGCGACAAUAGCGGGAAUCCUUUCGCCGAUCUUGACAGAAAAUAUGCUGACACACUCCACAUUGGCGCUGUCCACGUGAGAUUUAGUGCUGUCUAGCAGUAUAUUUAGCAGUGUUUAGGAGUGUUUAGGGGUGUCUAGCAGUUGGUUAGCAGGUGUUUAGCAGGUGUUUAGCAGCGCAUAGUCCAAGACUCUAAUCCCCAAAACGUCUUAUUAGGCACUUGGUAGUGUGACCUGGGCCUCAGUCGAUGCUGCAAUCUGGACUGGAUUGGACUGGAUUGGACUGGAUUGGAAAUAUGUGCGAUAUAUGUGGUGCAUGCUAAGACUUGCCGUUUCUUGGCCUUUUCUCGUACCUUUUUUCUCAUUUUCCUCCUUUCUUUCUUCCAAGACGCGGGAGGCUUUUGCGGCAUGUAGCUUACUUGCGGUAGAAAUUGCUUGAGGGUCGAUGCCAAUGCUCGGAACCUCACCGAUGGCGCUGCGUGGCGGUGCGCUAUUCCUAAUCCAGUUCCCGUGUCUUGGCACGUGACUACAUUGAAACAACCCGCCCGCCAUCUUGAGUCUUCGUCUCGGCGAUGUGCAUAUACUGUACACACGGAAUAAAAGAAGUGACAAUUUAAAUCCUGCGCUGCAGAUGGCCGAUAACCCUGCCGAGCCCCCUUCCGGCUCCUCCCUUGAUUCCGACCUCUUGGCCAGACUCAACGCCCUCCGUCCAACAACCGUCUCACUCGAUCACUCAUCGCGACCCAACCUCUCCAUCCCCGGUACCCUGCAGACCCCGGAUACACUCCUUUCCGACCGUCUCCGCGCGCUCCGCAAUGGUGGUGGCACUGGCGGCAGGAACACCGCUUCUGGGUCGCACCUUCCCCCAUCAGACCAACACUUAACCUUCGGCGUUCUGUCCGACGCUAGCGCACAGACGGCAUCGGCCAUCUCCAGUCUCGACUCGCCGAUUGUGGAAAUCGAUGACAGAGCUGAUAUCAAGCUGGCGCGCGAUGCUCUGGAUUUUGCACGGGAAGGAUCACAUGAUGUUCCCAUGAGCAAGUCUCAUGGGCGGCCGCCACGGGAGGCUUCGAAGGUGCCAUUUCCGGAAGAUGUGAUUAGACGGCUGCGCGAAGAAGCUGCGGACAGCCUAUCGGACUCAGAUAAACUGCUCAAGUCGGAAGGCAAACACAAAAUCCCGAAGAAUGCGGGGUCGUCCCGAGACUCAGAUGCAGGGGGCUCACCAGAUGGCGAGUCAGACCCAGAGAAAUCUGAUGACGAAGACGAAGACGAGGACAGGGACCUAGAAGCAGAAGCACAGGAAGCAGAGGAGAUCCUUGCACGCCUCCUCGAUGAAGCACACCUCGAAAAAAGAGACGAAGCAGCCAACCAACCACAAUCACAACCACAAUCAUCACCACCACCCCCCCAGUCCACAAACCCACCACCCCCAGACCCAACACCCACCACCGACCCGCUCACCCUCCCCUCAACCCCCUCCACCCUCCUCUCUCCCCCGGAUCCUCCCGACCCCGAAACCCUCGCCUUCACCAAUUCCAUCACAGCCCGCAUGGCCGCACUCCAAACCCCCACCACCACAGACGCCCUAGGCAUGCCCUCCGCCCCAUCCACCGCCCCUGUCUCCUCUCCCCGCGGGGGCUCCUCAAAACCUGCACCGGAACCCGCUACUGCAUGCGUGAUAUGCUAUGACAACGCUACUGUGCUAUGUCGCGGCUGCGAGGACAAUUUUGGGGAUGCGGAGGAGGCGCUGUAUUGUGCGAGAUGCUGGAAGGAGGGGCAUCUGGGGCCGGAUGCGGGGGUGGAGGAGAGGACGCAUGAGUGGAUUAAGUUUAAGAGGCCUACAUGAGGGUGGGUAUUGCCAUGGUUGAAGUGAUAUCAGGGGGCGGGUGGGUUUGUCUCGC